AUGAAUAGUAAUAUUUAUAGACUAUUUUAAAAGUACCUACUAAUUGAAACAAAGGGCAAACCUAAAUGUUAUCGAAGUAUUGGUAGGUAAAUAAAAUAAAAUGAUUUAUUUUACAUCAUGCCAUAUUUCAGGUAUUUUUCAGGGACUAUUUUAUAAAAAUCAAUUCUGAGUUAUACUUUGAAAACAUAAUAUCCAAAUGUCUAAUAGGGUAUAACAAUUUCAAUAUCUUUGCUGAAUGCAUUAUUGAUCAAUCUAUUUGGAUUAAUCAUUUCAAUUCAUUUAUGUUUUUCAUUUUACCUGACAUAUGGUAUUUGUUAUUUAACAGUGGGAUAUUUGUAAGAGUAGUGUUAUAAAGAGGAUGCAUAAUUAAAUUAAUAAAUAUAAGAAUUAAUUGUAGAAUAUUUUCAUCAUCAUUUUGCUAAAAUUAUAAAUUUUCAAUUUAAGUGUGAAAUGAAGGAGAACGGAGAAAGAACCAUAGAAAGGAUAAAUUAGAGGAGUGUUAAAAAUUCUAUUGUAUGGAGAUUAUUAGAAUAUAUAAAAUUUAAAACGGAUUUAUAAGGGAAAAUAGCAAAGAUGAGACAGGUGUUAUUCAUACUGAUUUUAGCAUCUAUAUGUUUUGCCCAAUCCCAACUGAGAGGCCGCCAAUAAUUUGAGAGAUAGGAUGUUAGCUUAGAGGAUUAUUCAUUCAUGCAAUUUCACUAUCACACACCUCCGAUGGAUGUAAUGAUGAUGAAUCACGAACUCGAGAUAUAGAGAAUGAUGGGAGUCCCUGGAGUUGUGAUGAUGAAUUAUGUUAUAGAGGAAUCUCCAUACAAUCCAAUAUCAUGGUGA